AGAUUCCCCAUUGAUCAAUGACGUCGAGAGCGUUGCAUGACAAUCAGACGACCUCCGCAUGCCCCGGAUGCAGUGGAGAAUGCCUCGGCGCCUAACAUCGGCCCUGAGCUUGUCUUGACUUCAAACAACCCCAAAGAGGAAGUCGUGAGUUUCUUGAGGGGCUUUGACUAUGAUCACCAGCUAGGAAAAAACCCCAACAGCAAUAUCUCGUCGUCUUGAGGUUUCUUGUCUACAAUGGCAGAAGGACAGCUACCCCACACUUGACGACAUCAAACACCCCGCCGCCAAGACUACACAGAAACACCAUGUCCCGAACAUACCGACGGUAUACCUCAAGCAGAGAGCUGCCGAGGUUGUUUCUCCCAGGGCAAGGAUACUCUAGUGCCAAGUAUCUCAAGUCAACCCUCAUCGUGUUUGAUCCUAGACUGCACCUGCCUCUCACAGAGACGCUCAUCAAUGUUUCUGUUCCCCAACUCCUCCCAUGCUGCCCCGCACUGCCCGCGCUGAGUGCUGCAAUUGACCACUUACAAGCAUUGCCUUCCUUAACCAGCAAAAUAUCUAUUUUCCCAGAACAAUCCCCGUUCGUCUCACGGUACCGACACAUUCCAAGUGGAACAUCUCCAGAAUCCCGGAUCCCUCCCCCAGAAGCACGAGCCAGAUGUUCAUUCCACGCUGAGAUUCUUGUGGAACCUGGUGAUCACUCCUGUCUGGCCUCAUUUUCCGGGGCCUAUGCCGUACUCACCUUCCAUGUCGAUCACUCAAGCCGAAUUGGUUUUGAUUCAUUCAGGGUGCAGAGUGGUGAUCAAGUGAACCAUUUAGCCUGACACACGACAUUAGUGGACUCGUGUGGUGUUGGGUGUUUUCAUGUAUUUUUGCUGCUGCUGUCCGCUUCAAGAUGAGGGGAAUUGCCCGCGAUGUCUGGGAGAUGCUGUUUUUGAAUUAUGCGGUUUUCCAACAUGAAGCAGGCCGUCUUCUUUUCUCUUUUGACAGGUUCACUUGUCCAAGGUCAAUUCCCAGUCGCUACGUCCAUCACGUCUGCCAAUGAGAUCCUCAACGGCUUUGUGAGCUUCAGCAUCGAGUUCUCUAGCUUUCCUGACUUUGCAGGAAACAACUCACAUCCGAACACCUUUUCGGACAACCUCUUGGAAAACAUUAGACACCUGACCGGUACGAAACCGUACAUCCGAGUAGGAGGCAACACUCAGGAUUAUGCUCUCUACAACGCCUCUUUGCCAUAUGCCUUGAAUGGCACUUUCAAUCCCAAGCGGUCUCUCGAUUAUCCGACCACCAUCUACAUUGGUCCCUCCUACUUUGAGUCCUACAGCACCUGGAAGGAUGUCAAGUUCUCUCAUGGCUUCAACCUCGGCCUUGGUGCCAAUACUUCAGAGGGGUGGCAAACACUCCUCGACACAGUCCCUCUCGCUUGCAAAGCACUGAGUGACGGGAAACUCUAUCUAUGGGGUUAUGGCAACGAACCGGAUUUGUUUUCAACCGCUGCCCAAGGCCCAAUUCGACCUCCGAGUUGGAACGAAAGCGCCUAUGUGUGGCAGUGGCAGAACGGAACGAGGACGAUACAUGCUCUGGUAAGGCAACACUGCCCUGACCUUGCUCGUGAGAGUGAGUAUGGAUAUAUGGCACCUUCUCAUGGAGGCGUUGGUAACAGGCUAAAGGCGCAUGUGAGCUGGGCAGCUGGUUUGAAUAGUGGCAGGAAUGUCAGGUUGUAUUCGACGCACAACUACAUCUCGGGCGCCACAACCCCAGGCGUAACCCUCCAAUCCACACUCCUAAACCACACCGUCACCGCCCGGUCAGUGAACGCCCAAGCAGCCGAAUACUACCGGAUCGUCUCCCUCGAUCCGGGCGCUCCACCGCCCAUAUUCGGGGAGACAAACUCGCUCUACAACCAAGGCCGCCCAGGGCUAUCCAACACUUUUGGCGCGGCGCUCUGGGUGGUAGACUUUAACCUCUAUGCCGCGAGCAAAGGAUUCAAAAGGGUGCAUAUGCACCAGGGGACUAACUACCGGUAUGCAUCCUGGCAACCAAUAGAGACGAACGUUACGAGCAUAGGGACAAAACCCCCUUACUACGGCAAUAUCGCCACAGCUGCCGCCCUGGGGAGACAUGAGAAGGUGGAGGUGGUGAGCAUUCCGUUGACUUGGCACCGCGAGGCGGCAUAUGCGAUUUACCAUGGUGGAAUUUUGUCGAGAGUUGUGGUGGUUAAUAUGAGGGGUUAUAACACCACGGUUGACGGGGAGGGACUAGUUCCACUUCCCAAUCCGCCGAAGAGAGGGAGCGUGGAGUAUUCUUUUCAACUGGGGGGUUUGGGGAAGAGGGCGGGGGUUGAUGUUGGGGUGACGGUUGGGUACAGGCAAAAGGUCAAAGUGCAGAGGUUGAGGGCUAACGGGAGUGAUGCCGUUACGGGGAUUAGUUGGGAUGGGUGGAGUUACAACUAUGAGCUUGAUCAGGGGAGGCCGGCGAGGAUGGGGAAUGUUACUACGGGGGAGGAGGUGGAGGUUGAUGGGAUGGGGAGGGUGAAGGUUGGGGUUGAGGAUUCGAGCGCGGCUUUGUUGGUGUUUUGA